UUUUGGUACCGUUUUAUAACAAUUUGCGUUUAUUUUCAUAUUCAGCUUCGAGCAACGGUGUUAAAGAUUCGAACGAUAUGCUGGUAAGAACGAAAUUUAUCGAUUCGUUGUCUUUAGGUAUAUCAUUGGGUAUCGACAAGGAGAUAAAAAUAAUUGUUAAAAAAAGAAAAAUAAACAAGGUACACUUUCAGUUAUAUAAUCUUAUAUAAUAAUCAAAAAAGUAGAUUAAAUUCGAGACGUUGAGUCAUUUAGAUUUAUGACGAACGAAAUGUUUCGAAUUGUUUGAGAAACGGUCGAGCUUGCGAAAGCGUAACUUGCUUUGAAACUGUCGUGAUUUGUUUGGCUUAAGUGACAUAAAAUCUUUCGUCGAAAGCGAAUACAAGUUACACGUACGUACAUUGAAUGAAACAUCAGCCGAUCACGUAUUGUCGCGAAGGUUUCGGAAUUUAAAACAUCAUCGAAUUAAUAUAAGCACGGUUGCGCAGAGGACAGCUCGGUAGCGUUAACGGAGAUUUUAACGAAGGAUAGCGAUUCGCGAAACACGUCGAUUGUAGUAUAGUACGAUCGGAGUAGGAAAAACUCGGGAAAAAAGUACCGUAAGAGGAUCGUUGUUCGAGCAAAUUUUUCCUGAAGGAUCACCGAUCGCUGGUCAUCGAUCGAUCGAUCGAGAAGAAAGAAAGAGAAGAAGAAAAAGGAAGAAAUGUCGAGCGUCAGCAGAAUCUCCACGAUGAGGAUCGCGAUGUCGUACGGACCCGAACUGAGUUUCCUGGUGCUCCUUCGUAUGUUGAUUGGCAUGUACAGGCCGGAUAUCGUGAGUCGCGAGACCAGGGUGAAGCCGACCACUUUAUCGGAUCUUCGAAACAGCUACGAUUUUAUAAUAAUCGGAGGUGGCACGGCUGGCUCGGUGUUGGCGAAUCGUUUGUCGGAAAACGAAAAUUGGACGGUGCUGUUGUUGGAGGCUGGCGUCGACGAGAACGAUUUGUCCGACAUACCGAUUCUGUUCCCGAUUCUUCAACUCACCUCGAUGGAUUGGCAGUUCAAGACGGAACCGUCGAAUAAUUAUUGCAAAGCGAUGAAAGCUAACGCGUGCAAUUGGCCACGCGGCAAGGUACUCGGAGGAAGUAGCGUGCUGAACGCGAUGCUCUACGUGCGUGGCAACAAGAAAGAUUACGACAAUUGGCAGGAGAUGGGUAAUCCAGGAUGGGAUUACGAGAGCGUAUUGCCUUAUUUUAAGAAAUCCGAGGACAUGAGGAUCAAAGAAUACCAAGAUUCCCCUUAUCAUCGAACCGGUGGAUAUCUGACCGUCGAAUACUUUAAUUAUCGUUCGUCCGUGACCGAUUAUCUGAUACAAGCGGGCACGGAAAUGGGCUACGACGUGGUGGAUGUGAAUGGACCCACGCAAACCGGAUUCUCCUUCUCUCAUGCAACGGUGAAAGAUGGUCUGCGAUGUAGUACCGCGAAAGCUUUUCUUCGAACGGCUUCCAAGCGAAAAAAUUUACAUAUCAGUAUGAGAUCGAUGGUAGAGAGGAUUUUGGUGAAUGAAAAUGGAAAAACUGCUUAUGGCGUGGAAUUUCAAGUAGGAUCCAGGCGCAGGACGGUGAAAGCCAGUCGCGAGGUAAUUCUAUCGGCUGGCGCGAUACAAUCGCCGCAAUUGCUCAUGUUGUCUGGAAUCGGGCCCAGGGGUCAUUUGGAACAACUCGAUAUUCCCGUGGUCCACGAAGCUCCCGGCGUCGGUAGAAAUCUUCAGGAUCACGUGGCGAUCGGUGGAUUGACUUACUUGGUGACUAAACCGGCGAACAUCACGGAUUCGACAUCUUUCAGUUUUAACUUGAUGAGGUCCGUCAAUGCCCAUGCGCUCAAUUUGUUCGUCAGAGAACGUACCGGGCCGUUGUACGGGAGUAACGUGGCCGAGGGUAUAGGUUUCAUCAACACCAAAUAUGCGAACAAGUCGGAGGAUUAUCCCGAUAUACAGCUGUUCGUCUCUUCAACGGCCGACAAUACGGACGGCGGUCUCUUUGGCAAGAGAGCUUGCAACCUUCUGGACGACUUUUAUGCGCGUUUGUUCGAAAAUAUCCUGUACCAGGACUCGUACAUGAUCAUGCCGCUACUGCUGCGACCUCGAAGCAGAGGAUACAUCAAGCUGCGCUCCAAGGACGUUAAUCAGCGGCCGAUCAUAGUGCCCAACUACUUCGACGAUCCACACGAUCUCGACGUUCUGGCGGAAGGCGCGAAGUUUAUCCACGAUAUGUCGAAGACGAACACGAUGAAGCAACUGAAAACUCAACCGAAUCCAAACAGAACUCCGGAGUGUUCGUCGUUCGAGUUCCCAUCGCUGGAUUAUUGGCGUUGUUUCGCUCGAUAUUACACGCUAACUAUUUACCACCCGAGCGGAACGUGUAAAAUGGGACCCUCCACGGACAAAAUGGCAGUGGUCGAUGCCAGAUUGAAGAUGCACGGCGUAAAUGGACUUCGAGUGAUCGAUACCUCGAUCAUGCCAACGAUCACUUCCGGCAAUACGAACGCACCGACGAUCAUGAUCGCCGAGAAAGCCGCUGACAUGAUCAAAGAGGAUUGGAAGAUUUAAGACACGGGUUCCCUUUUCCAUCCUCGAGAUAUACCGCCUAUCAGUUAUCGACGAUGAAUUUCAACGAUGUUAACGUCUAUUCGAUGACGAUCGUGGCGAUGCUAUAACAGCGAUAACGACGAUGACAACGACGAUACAAGAAGAGGACAGUGAUAAACAUAGAAUGGAAGCGUUAUCCGUGAUAAUCUUCGAUCGAUAUCGUCGAUUUUCGAUUGCUCUUUAAAAUUUCAACUUUUACCAGUUUUAGAAAUUCGGAAAAUCGAUAGGUAUAGAUUAGAUCGAUUUUCAUUUUGGCACCAGAAUCGCCGUUCUUUUCCAUUCCUUCUACGCUGUCGACGAAGCUCCAACACCGGAUAUCGACAUGCGCGUUCACCGACCAACCAAAUAUCCGUCAAUCUACAAAACGGUCGAUGUACGCGAUCCUCUGAGACACGAUCGCCGUUCGGAACAGCUCCGAUACCCGUUGGUACUUUGUUCCAUCGACCGAAUAGCGACCGAGACUAUAUGAACGCGAUAUGCUUCGUUUCCCCGCUAAAACUAGCCUAAACUGUUACUAGCGCGAAGAGAGAAAGAGAAAGAGAGAGAGAUCAGUGAAAAGAAUGUAAUUAGGCUUUUAUCCGUUAGGCGGAUUUUAACCGAUAAUAAUUAAUUCGCGCGCUCGUUCCCUGUAUAUCGAUCAGCCAACGCUUUUCACGCGUGACUGCUAUCGCGAGAUGAAAUUUUAUGCCACGUGAAAAGCACCGGUUCUCGAUCGGCUGCCAAAGGUAACACGAAUACGUUAAUUAUGGUUGGUCGUGGGGUUGAAUGGAUAA